AAACUCUCUCCCCGGCCGGUGUCCCCCCAGCUGCAGCUGCUACUUCAGCCUCCGCCAGCAGACCCUGCUCAGCGCCCUGCUCUUCUCCACGGGCGUCUGGAUCCUGGGCAUCUGGAUGCGCCGCCAGAUGUUGAAGCUGCUGCUCUCCUACCACGGCUGGAUGUUCGAGCCCCACGGCAAGACCAGCUUCAGCACCAAAGCCUGGGUGGCCCUGGUGAAAGUCAUGUCCGGGCGCCACCCGCUGCUCUACAGCUUCCAGACCUCCUUGCCCAAACUGCCCGUGCCCCGUGUGGAGGACACCAUCCAGAGGUAUCUGGAGUCCGUGCAGCCGCUGAUGGACAAGGAGGGGUUUGAGCAGAUGGGGCGCCUGGCCAGGGACUUCCAGCAGCAGGUGGCGCCCCGGCUCCAGAGGUUCCUAGUCCUCAAGUCCUGGUGGGCCACCAACUAC